ACCACGGUGUGCAGCCAUAUGGCACCACCUGAACGAGUCUGACUAGUGAUCCAGACGACCUCCUGACGCCUGCAAGUGUUUGUGUCUGUGGCCGGUCUGUGCCACACCCCCUUCUCCUCGGUGCGGUGGUAUGAUCCAGGGAUACUGUUAUAGCACCACCGAGCCUCACCAGCAACAGCAUCAUCGGGUUCAACUGCGGCUAAACGCACCGCGCCGGGAUCCCUGUCACACCGCACAGCGGAGCUGGCUCGCGCAGGAGAUCCCUUCCUCCCCGCGCAAAAUCGUCUCGUCGUCCUCCAUCGGCAUUUCAGAGCGAGCAUCAUCAGCAUCAUCAGCACCGCCGCCUCGAAACCAGACCGCGGAGAGAGGGUGUCUCGUCCACAUUUUUUAACCGGAGCUCAAGUCACAUUUCUGCCGGUGGUGGGGAGGGGGGAUAGCACACACUUCGGCUUUUGCAGGCUGCUUAUAGCACGGAAUCGGACUAAAGGGAUGGCUUUACGUCGGGAAGACUCUGUGCUCUGUGCUGUGGCUGUGCUGAGUGACUAAAGUGGAGCCCUGCGAGCCAUGGAGGAGAUGGACAGCAAACCCUACCAGCCGUUGUCUAAGGGGCGCCAUGAAAUGGAGAUGUCCUACACCAGCUCAUCCGAUGAGAGUGAGGAUGGGCGCACCCAUCACCGCUCCUACACAUCACGCGAGACCCUGCCUGACUACACACACGAGCUUCGCCUCACCCUCGGUUCACAUCGGGAAAGGCAGAGCAACUACAGCCAACCCCAACAAGAUUUAGACUUCUGUAAGGCCGGGCAGUUGAGGAGCCCAGACUUUCACAUCCACCAACAGCAGCAGCAGCAGCAGCAUCAGCAGCAUCAGGAGGAGGAAGAGGAAGUGUUGUGCUCUGGACCGACCGGGCACGUCCACAGCCACGGCUACUCCCUCGGUGUGGGUUCGGACGUGGACACGGAGCCGGAGGUGGACCCGUCUCCCGCUCACGGCCUGCAGCACAUGUGGAUGCGCGGCCUCAAGUCUGAGCAGAGCUCCUGCCUCACGAGCCGCGCCAACUCCGCCCUCUCUCUAACUGACACCGAGCACGACAGGAAGUCUGAGCCUGACAAUGAGCUUCCCAGCAGUCCAGGCGGCCAGUUCACGUUCCGUCCGCUGCCCCCACCUCCGCCGCCGCCCCACUCCUGCACUUGCGCCCGCCCGGCACCUUACACUCAAGUCAGCCUACAGAGGAAGACCAUGCCAACUCGGUGCCAAGCCAGCCAGGGCGGCCAGGGGGCAGACACCAGCUCGAGCGCAGACCAGGCCCAGCUUCACAACAGCUGGGUGCUCAACAGCAACAUCCCCCUAGAGACCAGACACUUCCUGUUCAAGCAGGGGUCUGGUUCGUCAGCUCUGCUGUCAGGGGCGGGGCAGGGAUACCCGCUGACCUCUGGGACCGUGUACUCCCCUCCACCUCGGCCUCUGCCGCGCAGCAGCGUGACCAGACCACUGUUUACCUUCAACAAGCCUCACCGCUGCUGCAACUGGAAGUGCACAGCCUUGUCUGCGUCACUCCUCACUCUCACCCUGGCCCUGCUGCUCACUUACGUCAUCGCGGUCCACCUGUUAGGUUUGACCUGGCAUCUGCGUCACGGUGAGAGCCAGCUGUAUGAGAAUGGCCUGAGCUCAGCAGACCAUCAACAAGAGGACCGCAGCAAAACCAGACCGACGAGCUCCGUCCACCUGCUGGACACGCUCAACCCUGAAAACACACACAGUGGUGACAGAGAAAAGUGGGUGCGAGGCCGGGCCAUCGACCGUGGCGAGGUCGACAUCGGGACUCAGCAGAGCCAGGCAAUCCCGCCGGGACUUUUUUGGAGGUUUCAUAUAACUGUGCACCAUCCGACCUACAUCAAGUUCAAUCUUUCUCUUUCACACAACGCACUGCUGGGGGUCUAUGGGCGCAGGAACAUACCGCCUACACACACUCAGUUUGACUUUGUAAAACUGCUGGAUGGGAAGGCCCUGCCCAGGUCCUUGACUGAUCCCGUCUCAGCUGCCAAAGCUCCCAAAGGCCUGCUACUGAGCGGCCUCCAAGAAACAGGCUUCAUCGAGUACAUGGACCCCGGCACCUGGCACCUGGCUCUCUACAACGACGGCCGCAACCUGGAGCAGGUGUUACUCCACAGCACUCCCAUAGACUCAAUGGACGGCUGCUCCACAGACUGUAACGGAAAUGGAGAGUGUGUCGCUGGACACUGCCACUGCUUUGCUGGAUUCUUGGGUCCUGACUGUGCCAAAGAUUCAUGCCCCGUGUUGUGCAGCGGUAACGGCAUGUAUGAGAAAGGAAGGUGCGUGUGCCUGGAAGGGUGGAAGGGGGCAGAGUGCAACGUGGAGGAAGGUCAGUGCAUCGAUCCCACCUGCUCCAACCACGGCACCUGCAUCCAGGGCAUCUGCAUAUGCAGUCCGGCCUACAAGGGUGUUAAUUGUGAACAAGUGGACUGUGUAGACCCUCAGUGCGGCGGGCACGGCGUGUGCGUGCGUGGGGAGUGUGUGUGCUCGGCGGGCUGGGCGGGAGUGAGCUGCGAUGACCCGCUGCCAGCCUGUCAGGAGCAGUGUUCGGGACAUGGCACCUAUCUCCCAGAGUCAGACACCUGCACCUGCCAGCCCAACUGGACGGGACCAGACUGCUACACCGAGCUGUGCCCGGUGCCAUGUGGCAGCCACGGCGUUUGCUCAGAAGGCCAGUGCCAGUGCGAGGAGGGUUGGAUUGGCGCUGCAUGCGACCAGAGAGCAUGCCAUCCUCGCUGCGAAGAGCACGGCCAGUGCCACGAUGGGACCUGCGUGUGCCAACCUGGCUGGGAGGGAGAGCACUGUAACAUUGUUACUCAUGAUUUGGAUGUCGUAGUGAAAGAUGGCUGCCCGGGGUUGUGCAGCGGGCACGGGCGCUGUACCCUGGAGCAGAGCGGCUGGCGUUGCGUCUGCCAGGCUGGAUGGAGUGGGCCUGGAUGCAGCGUUGUCAUGGAAACUGACUGCAGUGAUGGAACAGACAACGACGGAGAUGGCCUGUUGGACUGCGUAGAUCCCGAUUGCUGCGAGCAGCUGAGCUGUGGCUCUGACCCCCUGUGCCAGGGUUCGGCCGACCCGUUGGCCCUGCUGCAGCAGGGCUCGCUUCCCCUCACCACACCCCAUUCUCCCACCAGCACGCACACUCACAGCUUCUACCACCGCAUCCGCUUCCUUCUUGGCAAGGCGGCCACACACACUCUCCCUGGAGACGUGCCCUUUGAUACCAGUCGGGUAGCUGUGAUCCGAGGUAGCGUUGUGCUGCAGGAUGGCUCUCCUCUCGUUGGAGUCAACAUCUCUUUUCCGCAGCACCCCGAGUAUGGUUACACCAUAAGUAGGCAGGAUGGAAGCUUUGACCUGGUGACCUUGGGCGCCAUGUCUAUGACCUUGAUGUUCCAGCGUCCACCCUUCCUCCCUCAAACACGAACCAUCUGGUCCCCAAAUAACAACUUCCUGGUUCUAGAUCAGGUGACAAUGUCCAGGGAGGAACCUCAAGCUCCUAAAUGUGACAUCAGGAGCGUCCUGAGUCCCUAUCCUCUCGUCCUGCCCUACCCACUUUCCAGAUACACCGCAGCGUGUGCAGAGAAGGGGCCAGCCAUACCUGAGCUACAGGCAGUGCAGGAAGACGUUUCAAUCCCAGGAGCCUUUGUGAAGCUGAGCUACUUGAGCACUCGUGCUGCUGGCUACCUCUCUCUCCUGCGAAUCCUCCUCACUCCUCCCUCCCCAUCAUCCCCUGUCUCCCCGCUGGGCGGUCUGUCCAAGGUUCAUGUCCGCGCCUCAGUCCAAGGGAGGUUAUACCAGCGGUGGUAUCCUGCCGGGCCUGGUCUGGUCCACAGGCUGGUCUGGAACAAGACGGAUGUUUAUGGUCAGGAGGUCUGGGGUCUCACUUAUGCAACUGUGGCAGUCGGCUAUGAGUAUGAAGUGUGUCCCGGUGUUAUCCACUGGGAAAGAAGGACCGCUCUGAUGCAGGGAUUUGAACUGGUCCCCUCUGACCUUGGAGGAUGGUCUCUGGACAAACACCAUGCCCUUAACAUUCACAGCGGAAUCCUUCACAAAGGGAAUGGAGAAAACGUCUUCCUGUCCCAGCAGCCCCCUGUUAUCAGCACCGUGAUGGGGAACGGCUUCUAUCGGAGCGUCCCGUGCGGCCCGAGCUGCAGCGGCGCGGCUCGGGACAUGAUGCUGUUUGCCCCCGUGGCGCUGGCUAGCGGCCCCGACGGCUCUCUCUACGUGGGGGACUUUAACUUCAUUCGCAGGGUCCACCCAGACGGAUACACCAGAACCAUACUGGAACUCAAGAACCGGGAUACCAGACACAGCACCAGCCCUGCCCACAAGUACUAUCUGGCCAUGGACCCGAGGGGGGAAGUUCUGUAUGUGUCUGACACCAGCAGUCGCAGAGUUUACAGGGUGAGGAACCUCGGGCAGCCAAAAGAUCCAUCUCGCAAUCUGGAGGUAGUUGCUGGGACGGGGGAGCAGUGUCUACCUUUUGACCAGAGCCACUGUGGAGAGGGCAGGAAGGCCACGGAAGCUGCACUCAAUAACCCUCGAGGUAUUGCUGUGGAUAAAGGAGGAGUUGUCUACUUCGUUGAUGGCACCACCAUUCAGAAGAUUAAUGAGAGGGGUUUGCUCUCCACUGUGAUUGGUUCAAACGGACUGAUGUCGACGCAGCCGCUAAGCUGCGAUUCACGCAUGGACAUCGGCCAGGUGCGGCUGGAGUGGCCAACAGACCUGGCCAUUAACCCACUGGACAACUCCCUGUACAUCCUCGACAACAACAUCGUCCUGCAGGUGUCAGAAAGUCUGCAGGUGCGGAUUGUAGCAGGACGUCCCAUCCACUGCCAGGUUCCAGGUAUUGACCAUCACUUGGUGAGCCGGGCAGCUGUGCGCGCCACCUUGGAGGCAGCUAAGGCCAUCGCCCUGUCCCACCUGGGCACGCUGUACAUUGCUGAGACUGAUGAGAGGCGAAUCAACCGCAUCCAGCAGGUGUCAACCAACGGCGAGAUAUCGAUUAUCUCCGGAGCCCCCACGGACUGCGAUUGCAAGAUAGACCCCAACUGCGACUGCUUCUCUGGAGACGGAGGCUACGCCCGUGAUGCUCGUCUCAAAGCCCCGUCCUCUCUGGCAGUGGCUCCCAAUGGCACCCUGUAUAUUGCUGAUCUGGGCAAUAUCCGGAUCAGAGCUGUAAGCCCCAACCAGCCCCAGCCCAGCCCAGCCGGACUGGUGGAAAUCAGCUCACCUCUGGACCAGGAGCUCUAUCUCUUUAGCCAGAAUGGUUCCCACCUGUACACCAAACACCUGAUCACAGGUCACUACCUGUACAACUUCUCUUACGGCACAGACGGCCAGUUGUCGGGUGUGAUGAGCCGCGACGGCCGCAGCCUCCAGGUGAGGAGGGAUGCUCACGGAGUGCCUCUCUGGCUGGCUCUACCUGGCGGACAGGUGUACUGGCUGUCCCUUAGCAACAGUGGCACGCUGAGGAAGGUGUCCGCCCAAGGCCACGACAUCGCCCACAUCACUUACCAUGGCAACACAGGUCUCCUAGCAACCAAAAGUGAUGAGAACAGUUGGACCACUGUGUAUGAGUACAACAGCGAGGGUCGAGUGACCAACAUCACCUUACCGACGGCGGAGGUGAGCGGUUUCCAUGGCAACCUGGAGCGCUGGUCUCGGGUGGAGGUUGAAGCGUCCAACCGUGAGAACUUUGUCACCAGCACAAACUUGUCUGCCAGCGACACCAUUUACAUGUUCAGACAAGAUCACUCUCAGAGCUCGUACAGAGUCAGCGCCGACGGGUCAUUUCUGGUCACGCUGGCCAGCGGGAUGGAGCUGUCGCUAAGCACCGAGCCCCUCCUCCCGGGGGGCGUCGGGGGUGGAGUCAGUCCCACGGCCAGCCGCUGCAACAUCAGCUUGCCUGGAGACCACGCCCCGAGCCUGAUAGAGUGGAGGCAGAGGAAAGAGCAGAGCAAGACUAACUACAGCACUUACGAACGCAGGCUCAGGGCACAUAACAGGAACCUGCUGUCCAUAGACUUUGAUCAAAGCACCAGAGUUGGGAAGAUAUACGAUGACCACAGGAAGUUCACCCUCCACAUUCAGUAUGACCAGUUGGGCCGGCCUGUCGUGUGGUCACCCAGCAGCAAAUACACUGAAGUAAACAUCAGUUAUUCAGCUGGAGGACUGCUUUCAGCCAUCCACCGCGGAGAAUGGUCCGAGCAGCUGGAGUACGAGAGCGACAGGGUGACGUCCAGAGCCUGGGUCAACGGCAAGAUCUGGAGCUACACGUACGCAGACAGAUCCAUCAUGCUGCUCCUGCACAGCCAGCGGCGCUACGUCUUUGAAUACGACCAAACGGAUCGUCUGGUCGCGGUGACCAUGCCCAGCAUGGUGAAGCACACCCUGCAGUCGCUGCUGUCCAUCGGCUACUACAGGAACAUAUACGCCCCGCCCGACAGCCAAGCCUCCUUCAUCCAGGACUACACCCUGGACGGGCGCCUGAUGAGGACUCAGUACUUGGGAACUGGGCGCAGAGUCAUCUACAGGUAUACAGCUGCGGCUCGCCUCUCGGAGGUGGUUUAUGACUCCACCCUGGUGACCUUCACCUAUGACGAGGCCUCUGGAACAGUCAAGACCAUUCAUCUCACCCACAAUGGCUUCAUAAGCUCCAUACGAUACAGGCAGACAGGUCCCCUGACAAGUCGGCAGAUUUUCCGCUUCAGCGAAGAAGGCUUGGUCAACGCCAGAUUUGACUACAGCUACAACAACUUUCGAGUCACUAGCAUGCAGGCCGUCAUCAAUGAGACCCCUCUGCCCAUUGACCUGUACCGCUAUGUUGAUGUGUCGGGGCGGGUCGAGCAGUUUGGCAAGUUCAGCGUCAUCUUCUACGACCUCAACCAGGUGAUCACCACCCAUCUGAUGAAGCACACCAAGGUAUUCAACUCCUACGGCCAGGUGGUGGAGGUUCAAUAUGAAAUCCUCAAGUCCAUCGCCUACUGGAUGACCAUUCAGUACGACUCGUCCGGACGUACAACCACCUGCGACAUCAGAGUGGGCGUGGACAGCAAUGUGACCCGUUACACUUACGAGUAUGAUGCAGACAGCCAGCUGCAAAGCGCCUCAGUCAACGAGCGGCCUCAGUGGCGUUAUAGUUACGACCUCAAUGGGAACAUUAAUCUACUUAGCCACGGAACCAGUGCAAGGCUCACGCCGCUGCGCUACGACCAGAGGGACCGCAUCACGCAUCUCGGCGAGCUGCAGUACAGCGUGGACGACGACGGCUUCCUCCGCCAGCGAGCAAACGACCUGUUCGACUACAAUUCCAACGGCCUGCUGACCCGCGUCUUCAACCGCGUGACCGAGCGCACCGUGUGGUACCGCUACGACGGACUGGGCCGCCGCGUGGCCACCAAGAGCAGCCAGGGCGAGCAGCUGCAGUUCUUUUAUGCCGAUCUGUCACACCCUACCAGGGUCAGCCACUUGUACAACCACAGCAGCAAUCUGAUCACGUCACUGUACUAUGACCUCCAGGGUCACCUUAUCGCCAUGGAGCUGAGCAGCGGAGAGGAGUACUAUGUAGCCUGCGACAGCGUGGGGAGCCCGAGGGCAGUUUUCUCUAGCAAGGGGCGGCUCGUCAAAGAGAUUCUCUACACCCCCUACGGAGAGGUUUACCAGGACACCAACCCAGACUUCCAGCUUGUCAUCGGCUUCCACGGAGGCUUGUACGAUCCUUUCACGAGACUCGUCCACCUGGGAAGGCGGGACUAUGACACGCUAGCGGGCCGAUGGACUUCACCGAAUCACGAACUGUGGGGGGAGCUGAGCAAGGAGCCGAAGCCUUUUAACCUGUACGCGUUCAAAAACAACUGCCCGGUCGGGAGGGUGGAGGAGGUGACGCAGUUUACAACAGACAUCGGUAGCUGGCUGCAGCUGUUUGGCUUUCAACUUCAUAACGUGGUCCCCGGUUUCCCAAAGCCUGAGGUGGGAAGAAUGGAACAAACAUACGAACUGAUGAAGGCGCCGACCAAGAUGCAGGACUGGGACUCCAGCAAGUUGGUUUUGGGAAUCCAGUGCGAGCUGCGGCGCCAGCUGAGGAGUUUCAUCUCCCUGGAGAGGUUACCUCUGGUCUCUGAGCCCGUGGGCUCCACCUGCCACCGACCGGCGCACCCCCCUCCCUUUGGCUCCCGGCCCUCCAUCCUCGGCCCCAGCAUCCGCUUUGCAGUCUCUCACGGCCGAGUGAGCGCGGAGGUCAUUGGAGUGGCCAGCGAGGACAGCCGCCGAGUCGCGGCCAUCUUGAACGGCGCCAUCCACCUCACUGGGAUGAGCUUCACCGUGCACGGCUGCGACACCCACCACUUCCUCCAGUCGCGGCCGAUCGAGGAAGAUCUCGCCCUGGGGCUGGGAGUCGGGGGCCGCGUCCUGGAGAGCGGCGUGAACGUGAGCGUGUCUCAAAUGAGCGCGACGGUGAACGGCAGGACUCGGCGUUUUGCCGACAUCACUCUCCAGCAGGGGUCUCUGUGCCUGUGCGUGCGGUACGGUGGGAGCGAGGAGGAGGAGAGGGCGCGGGUGAGGGAGGAGGCGAGGAAGAGAGCAGUGGAGGGAGCUUGGGAGAAGGAGAGAAGGAGGGUGGAAGCGGGAGACGCCGGGAGCAGGGCGUGGAGCGAGGUUGAGAAGCAGCAGCUGCUGUCUGGGGGACGCGUUCAGGGUUACGACGGCUACUACUCCCUGCCUAUAGAGCAGCAGCCGGAGCUGUCUGACUGCCCCUCCAACAUCCACUUUAUGACACUGAGCGAGGUGGGGGGCAGGUAACAGAGACACACGAGCGGCCCCCCACCCCACCAAAGACUGCCUGUUUCUACUCUACUCUGAUUUGUUCUACUGUUUCUAUACUGUAUCGGGGGGGAAAAAAAGAAGACGACAUCAGAGAAGAAGAAGAAGAAGAGCGAAUGUGUGGGGGAAAAAAACAAAAAACUUCCAAAUGCCUUUAAUUGUGACAAAAUGAUGGUAUUUUAUUAUUAUCGUCCAGUUUCUCCAAUUUCUAACAGUGGCACAAGCAGUGUGGUUUGGCUGUGGCUUUGCUUUUUUGUAUCUCUGAUCAACCCGACCGACUCGCCGACCGACCGACUCGCCGACCGACCGACUGCCAUUCGCUGUUUCAACACUGUUCAUCAUUUUCUGGACUCUGCUCAACAUCACGGCACUGUAGGGAAGAAGACUUUUAGGAUCUUGCCAGUGAAUAAUCCUCUUCGUGACUCGAAUCGAGAGCUCUUCGGUUUGCCAUUUGAGUUCCUACAUGGUUUACCUCGGAUAUACUAUCGUUUACAUAUUGUGUAAGAGAGGCCUUGUCGACUCUGACACUUCCCCCCUUUAGAGAAGGAAAGCUCUUGUGGUUUUCCGCCUCUGGUGUGCUCCAACAGUAGUUUGUAUGAGUGUGUAUACUUAAAAAUCAAGAAUGUAUAUAGCCAGUGCUUUCUCACACUGAAAAAAAGAAGUGCUCAACUGGAAGUUCUGUUGUUCAUAAGUGUCAGUAUUGUUAAUCAAUAGAAAAACAGUUACAUUUUUGCAAAGAAUUAUACAUGGCUAUAGUAAAUAUUCUCGCUGAAAAAUCUGACUUUAUUGGGUUACAAAGCUGAUUAAAGUUAUUAUGUGUGAAUUACCAAAA